CAUCUCGGCCAAUGUGGCAAGAAGGCAGUGCAGCGCACUGUCAGAGGCCGCCAUGCAGUCUUCCGACGAAAGGACUUUGAAGACCACAUGGCAACAGCGGCGUCCAGCCACAUGAUACUUCAGGCUGGAGAGGUGGAGUGGCUGCGUAGAAUUCUGUACCAUAAGGUUAGUUUUCAUCAAUUGGCACUUAAAGUUUAUGCAUCUUUGGUUAAGGAGUAUUAUACAUUGCGAUUUGUAAUUUUAGUGUAAGCAAUUGCACAAUACCAUCUUUGAAAUUGUCUUAUGUCAAUAAGGGCCUUUACCAAUGAUAAAUGGCAACUAAUCUGUAUUUGCAAGCUGUUUUCCUAUUCUCUUUAAACAGAGCUACGCUACAACACCCGCUAUAACACUAUAACACUGCAGGAGGGGAACACUAUCUCAUUUAGAUGGGAGGUCGACAAGUUCAACUUGUACACCAACUCAACCAUUGCCAGUCCCUGCUUUGUCUCUCCUGAAAGACACAGGUACCUCCAACUGCAGUCAGCAGUACACCCGGCGACUGCAAAGAUCAGGUUAGAAAAUUAAGCUGAGGAACAGGUCGAUUUUCUGACUAAACUCCCUUACUAGUCUAAUUUGUAGUUUAUUUGAUUCACACAGAAUAAUACUAAAAAUUAAUAUUAAUUAAUUAAAUUAACAUCACUCACUGUUUCUUUCUCGCAGGGUGGUUCUGUUAAAUGGCAAUGAAAGCAAAGCUGUGACUCUGCCCACCACAGACUUAGAGGAAGGGGAAAUGGUGAAGGCCAAUGGAGACAAAUUUAAAAUCGCUUGGUUAAACAACGAUGAAUUAAAAGUAAAAUUCAUUAUUACAAGCUACAGUUACAAUGAAACGACUCCCUAA